GCAAGUGUGGCACAAACGUACGAUAAACGCAUACACACCGAAUGGGACUGUCAGCUGCCCUGCGUGUGUCUCGCUCUCGCCCAAACCGUAUCGUGCUCGUGCUCUUGCUUGCGAAGCCUUGCUGUCAGUUGUAGCAAAACGCAAUUCCCCCAAAUGUGUGUGUGUCUGUGUGUGUCGUCUCCCUUUUCCCCCACCUCGACACCUAGGCAGCCAGUGCAAACCGUUCCAUGCAAAACACAAUACCAACCCCAUUCCCCGUGAAGUACGCCGUGCGUGCGUGCGUGCCAGUGUUUUGUUUGUGUUUUGUUUGUGUUUUUUUUUGUGCGUGUGUGAGUGUGUGUGAUUCGUUUUCCCUCUGUGCGUUUGCAUGUAAGUUAGGACGCUCUGCCCGAAUUUCCCGGAGCGAUCGAUUCCGCCCCGGGCUCGGUUCCGCUUUGGUGGCGACGACGAGACACGAUCGGAUCGAUCUUGGCUGGAGGUGACGGAUGACUUUGAUAUACACACACACACCCGUAUGUGUGUGUGUGUGUUGCUGCGUUAGUCAGACGGUUUCGGACGGAGGGUGUGCCCUGCUGCGGUCCCACUGUGUGUUAGUUUGGUUGCAUUCCUUGAGCUGAACGUCUUCCCCGCAUCGGAAGCGUCGGCAACAAAGUCAACAAACGGCUCUUGGGCGCGUUGGGAGCUGUGUCUCGCUGGCAGUGGUCCCCAGGCGUUAGUCAUUAGCACGAGAAGUGCAUUAGUCGCUUGAUGACAGCAUGUUUUCGUAAGCGAUCCAAAACACUCACACACAGCAGUAGUAAGCACAGGGUGCACUUCUCGAGACAACUCCAGUCGGUCGCGGAACGCCACGACUUCCGGCUCGCAAAGAACCUCCCCAACCCCCCCCCCCCCCCUCCGAACUGAUAUCGCUUAUCGGUGGCCUGCGGACGCCUUGCUGGAUGGUGAGUAACACAGUAUGUGCACUUUUCGCUCUUCCGUAUUCUUCACUGUCUGCUGUCUCUUUCUAUCGUACACGUUUUCCCCCACCAUUCGUACCACGCACACACGCGCGCGCUCGACCGCCAACCGAUCGGAACGGUCCGUCGAUCGAAGUGACAGAGCGCUUAGACCACUCCCCCCCCCCUUGUCUACAGUGAAAAAGCCCCACACUGCAACACGUUUGCAACGCGAAACCCUCCCCCCGCCCGCAACCGCACCGUGUCAACUCGUUCGUCAUUCAAAACUGGCGCCGCGCGCCACAACGAUCAAACCUGCGUGCGCAUAGUGGCCCGCCCAACGCUGCCCCCGCCAUGGCACAGUGCAAGAUUGAUUUUGGCGAGUGCCUCAAGGAUUCGCCCAAGUUUCGGUUACGGCUCGAGCAGGAGGAGUCCGAGAUCGAGCACCUGGAAUCGAAGCUGGAGAAAAUCAUCAAAGCGUGCAGCGCGGCAGUGGACAGCGGCAAGGAGUACAUCCGGCACCAGAGCACGUUCGCGACCUCGCUCUGGGAUCUGCAGAAGCACUUCCAGGACAGCAAGAACUCGACCAACGCGCUCGCCCAGCUGAUCCAGCUGCUGCAGGAGAUGAACCGGUACCACACGACGCUGCUCGACCAGGCGAACCGGACCGUGCUGAAGAAUCUGACCGGCUUUCUGCGGCGCGACAUCCGCGAGGUGAAGGAGUACCGGCAGAUCUUUAACAAGGUGUCGGAAAAUUUGGACGCGGCCGUCUACAAAAAUUCCCAGGUCAGCCGGAACCGGCCCGCCGACGUGCUCGACGCGGAGAACGUGCUGUCCGCGUCGAAGACGUGCUUCAACCAUACCGCGCUCGACUACGUCAACUACAUCACGCUGCUGCAGAACCGCAAGCGGCACGAGAUACUGGGCACGCUGCUGAGCUACCUGCAGGCGUGCAGCACCUACUUCCACCAGGGGUCGGACCUGUGCGAGGACUACGGGACGUUCUUCAAGAGCCUGGACGAGGAGAUUGGCGUGAUGCGGUCCGAGUACGGCGUGCUGGACAAGCAGAUGCAGAACCGGCACACGUGCGUGAACGAGCCCCGCUCGGACGGAGACGGGGGAGGAGCAGAUGCGAGCGGUGCUGCUGGUGGUGGCGGUAGUGGAGCAGGAGCCAGUGAGCAUAGGCCGGGUGUGGAGGCCGGUGGCGAAAGUGGCGGCGGCGGCGGCGGCGGCGUCGGUAGUGACGGUGGCGCCCGCACACCAAGCUACAUGGAGGGCUACCUGUUCAAGCGCACCUCGAACGCGUUCAAGACGUGGAACCGGCGGUGGUUCUGCAUGCGCGACAAUCAGCUGUUCUACCGGAAGCGCACCGGCGAGGAGCUGCCGACCGUGAUGGAGGAGGACCUGCGGCUCUGCACCGUGCGCCAGCUGGCCGACUCCGACCGGCGCUACUGCUUCGAGGUCAUCUCACCGACCAAAUCGCACAUACUGCAGGCCGACUCGGAAGCGAUGAUGAGCGCAUGGAUCAAGGCACUGCAGAAGGGCAUCGAUUCGGCAAUUCAGCACAACAGCGGGUACAGCAGUGACAUGCGCGGGCUGGCGGCGGGCGGCGGCCCGGGCGGCGGUGUCGGCGGCCCCGGUGGCAGUGGCGCGGCGGCGGCAUCCGACAGUGGCCGGCCGGGCGAUGGGCGCACGGACGCCAGCGGCCGAGAGCGUGCCGGCACGGGCCGCGCUUCGGACGGUUCGCGCAAGGGCUUCAAGAAGAUCAACUGGACGCAGAUGCUGAAAAUACCCGGCAACUCGCGGUGCGCCGACUGUGGCAAUGCCGAUCCGCGCUGGGCCUCGAUCAACCUCGGCAUCACGCUGUGCAUCGCGUGCUCGGGCGUGCACCGCAGCCUCGGCGUGCACUACAGCAAGGUCCGGUCGCUCACGCUGGACGUGUGGGAGCCGGAGAUACUGCGCGUCAUGAUCGAGCUCGGCAACGACGUGAUCAACCGGGUGUACGAGGGCAACGCGGCCCGGCUCGCCCGGUUCGAUCGGGCGACCGACAACUGCGAGAUCGCGGUGCGCGAGGCCUGGAUCCGGGCGAAGUACAUCGACCGCCAGUUCGUGGUGCCGCUCGGCGGGCUCGGCAGCGGGGCGGCGGCGGCCGGGCCGGAGGACAGCAGCACCUCGUCCUCGUCGCUAUCGUUCAAGAGCCUCGGGGCGGACAGCUCCAAGUUUCCGGAGAAGUGGAGCAUCAAGAAGCUGCGCCGGCGCAGCUACCGCCAGCUGCUCCGCCGCACCAAUGCGCCAAGGAAGGGCGGCGGCAGCGGCGGCGGCGGGGUAGUGCAGGAGCAGGAGGAGGAGGAGGAGGGAGAUGAAGCGUAUGAACAGGCGUCCUCCCGGCUGCCCGUGACCGAUCUCGAUGGCGAUUCCGAGCCGGACGAGGAGGAGGGAGAGGAGGGAGAGGGGGCGGGUGGAGCGUCGGGCGCGAAAAGCUGCCCGGACGCGGACGAGAAGGACGUGCUGGCCCGGGUGCCGAAGCAGUUCGCCGACAUACUGCUGAUCGGCGAUAACAUCCUCACCGACGAUCACAACCUGCCGGACGAGGAUCUGCUGCUGCUCAACUCGGACCAGGAGUCCACGAGCGGCGAGGAGGACAACGCGAUCAUGGAGUGCGAGGAGCUGGAGCGGCUGUCGCCGAACUAUCUGCUGUACAAGGCGGCGAGCGGCCACAAUCUGCCCGUGAUGAGCCAGGCGCUGGCGCUCGGCGCGGACAAGAGCUGGGCGAACCCGCACGACGCCGACCGGACGCCGCUGCACGCCGCCAUCCUGUCCGGCUCGGUCAUGUCGUGCGAGUUUCUGCUGCUGAACGGGGCCGCGAUCAAUGCGACCGACCGGUACGGCCGCACGCCGCUGCACCUGGCCGCCGAGCAGGGUUCGGCGGCGCAGGCCUACCUGCUGCUCAAGCACAAGGCGCGCUACGACAUCGCGGACGUGGACGGGCGCCGCCCGAUCGAUGUGGCGGUCGAGAAGGAGGACGCGGACAUCGUGACGCUGCUCCGGCUGACGCUGCUGAACGACGAGAUCGGGUCCGGCGAGGACGGGGAAGCGUACGCCGGCGGCGACUCGACCUACGUCGCGGUGAUGAACGAGUUUUCCCACCUCGCCAGCAAUCAGCCCCAGCGGCUGCAGCGCAAUCGGCACCAGCAGCAGCAGCAGCAGCAGCAACAGCAGCGACAGGCACUAGCGGCCACCGACGAUUCCCACCCGCUGGAUCUGGAUGCAACUUCGCAAGCGAAGAGCAACGCCGUGAGCGAGCUGUGAGUCGUCCGUCGUCUGCACACGAAUCUCUUGCUGCUACCCGGACGAGAGAAGAGGGCAAAGGAAACACACACCGCAGUGCUCGAUUGUUUUGAUGUGCAGUGGGGGAUGAGAAGCAAACGAAAAGAAAGGGGAGUAGCUUUCAUUUCCCCAUUAUAUCCCCUGACCGAACUCUGCGAAGUCUUAUCGUGAUGAAGUUUUGUUUUUCUUUUUUUUCUUUUUGUGUGUGUGUGGAAUAGAUUCCGUUUAGUGUUAUUUACAAGCAAAGGCAGUGGGAAGGGGGAAACUCUAUCUAUAAACAAAAAUAAUUACCCCAGAAUGUAAGCGCAAUAAUGUUUCAUGUUUAGAAACUGUUUAAAACUGUUUUUUCGUUCUCAUUUUUGUUCUUGUGAGAGCGUUUUUGUUAGUCGGCUUUUGCCCGCCAAAGGAAAACGGACGGCCUGCCUAGUAUUUGUACGUGCAUUUAAUGCUAAUCUCUUCCGCUGCUCCCUGCCCUUCACAAAACAAAAUUAAUUUUGCCCCAUUGGUGUGCUUUGUGUUGUCCGUCCCCCGUUCAUUAAGUGUUGUCCAUUUCUUUUUUCUUUUUAGCGUAAUAAUUAUUUUACAUUGUAUUUUGUUGGCACCCGAUAUGUAUUGGAUUUUAUUCAGCACCACAAGAGCACGUUUUUCUUUGCUUUUUUUUGUUAAGAGAAGAAAAACACAUACACGCAUCACACAAACUAACACGUUGACACGGUUUGUUGCAAGCGGUAGAGGUCGAACAUCUGCCCAACGUCUAAUCGACUGUUCUAGAAACUAAAUCUAGAAACAAACAAAAAAAAACAUGCCUUUAAGAGGGGUUAUUGGGCGGUUAUUUUUAAAUGUAUUUUUGUUUUUUUUGUUAAGUGAAGCCUCUAGUAUUAGCACAACAAAAACCACUUUACCCGUUUCCGGCCCUUCUUCGUGAGUGUGUGUGUGUGAGAGAGAGAGAGAGAGAAAGAGAGAGAGAGAGAGAGAGAGACCGAUGCCCUUGGACAGCCAACACACGGAAAAGAAAGUCUCUCUCUCUCUCACACACACUCUAUCUCUCGAUUACGCAAUCUCGAGCCUAGAGCAUCGUAUGUUAAGAAGAUGUUAUAAUGUUAAUCUAUUAAUCUUGCACCAAAAAUAAAUGGGGAAAAUGAGACAAACGCAAA